UUCUACAUCAAUAAAAGCAUCAACAUCGUCACUUUCCCUCAUUCAUCACAAGCCCCAAACCAACACUCUCACUGAACUCACUUAUUCCACUCAUUUCAUCGGCUGUCCUUCAGCCUCCCCCCUCAAAAUGAAGGCCCCAAAAACACCAGAAUACGAAUUCGGCGGCCCCAUCGGCGCCACAGGCAUAGUGUUUGGCCUUCCAAUUCUCAUGCAACUUCUCUAUUUCGGCUGCAACGAUGUUUCAGGGUGUCCUGCGCCAGCUCUUCUUGACCCCAAAACAUUGACGUGGCAGAAAUUCAAGGAGCAAACGCCCUGGCCGAAGGAGGGCAUCUGGGGGUUUAUGAGCUGGGAGGUCACAGGGUGGCUGUUUGCUUAUUAUUUCUUGAGUCUGGUGCUUUAUCGCGUUUUGCCGGCGCAGGAGGUUUAUGGGACGAAGUUGAGGGAGUCGGGCAAGGCGCUGAAAUAUCGCUUCAAUUGUAGGUUUUCUAUUGAUCGCCUGGCUUGGUACUGAGAUUGACAAAAUUGCAGCCUUUUCUUCAAGCGUUGUGCAAUUGGUCGCUUGCGCCAUUGGGACCUACAUCUACGGCGCUGAAUUCCCAGUCUGGACCUUCAUGACCACCAACUAUCUCCAACUUCUCACCACAAGUACCGUCCUAACAUUCAUCGUCUCACUCUACGUCUACGUCGGCAGUUUCUCCGUCAAGAAGGGCAACCCCGAACUACGCGAGUUAGCUAGAGGUGGACACACCGGGCCGCAUUAUUUACGACUUUUUCAUCGGUCGUGAACUCAACCCUCGCGUCACCCUUCCCAUCUUCGGUGAAAUCGACAUCAAGUCUUGGUUGGAGAUGCGCACUGCUCUUACAGGCUGGAUAUUGUUCAACUGCGCUUUCAUCGCUCAGCAGUAUCGCAACUACGGCUAUGUUUCUGAUAGUAUCUUAGUCAUCGCUACGGUGCAGGCUUACUAUGUGCUUGAGGGUCAGUACUCAGAGCUUGGAUUGCUGGGUAUGAUGGAUAUUACACAAGAUGGUCUUGGAUUCAUGCUUACCUGGGGUAACAUGGUCUGGGUCCCUUUCCUCUACUCGACUCAGUGCCGCUACCUCUCCGUCUACCCCGUUCAUCUGGGACCUAUCGGUGUUUCCGCCAUCGCCACUGUCUUCGCCAUCGGACUGUACAUCUUCCGAUCUUCCAACAACCAGAAGGCUCUCUUCCGCAAAGAUCCCAAUCACCCUGCUUUCGCAAACAUGACCUUCAUCCAGACCAAGCGCGGAACCAAGCUUUUGACCGGCGGAUGGUGGGGAAUGGCGCGUCACAUCAACUACUUUGGUGACUGGCUUCAGUCUCUUCCUUUUUCGCUUCCUACCAAAUUCGCGGGGUAUGUUAUUCUGCCAGCUGGUAGUGCUGUGGCUGGCAAUGAGGUCGUCAAAAUGUUGGAUGGUCGCUUGGUAACUCCCGACGGCGCUGCGCCUUGGGGUAUGCUGUUUACGUACUUUUACUCAGCUUGGUUUGGUUUCCUGCUUAUUCAUCGGGAGAGGAGAGAUGAUGCUGCUUGCAUUGAGAAGUAUGGCAAGGAUUGGGAUGAGUACAAGAGCAAGGUUAAAUACAGAAUCUUGCCUGGCGUGUAUUAAUGCCUAUAACUUUAAGGGCGAGAAAGGAUAGUAGCCUCUGUAGAUAGGUUCUUAUUAAAUUUCUCAAGUUUCUGAGGAUAUAUACUACAAUUUACAGAGAUUUCACGUCGUAUCAGCAUU